ACCACCGAUUGCAAGGAUCUGACCUCUAGGGUUUUAGGCUUAUUUUCUCGCCGUCGCCGCCAUGUAUGGGGACUCCGGCGAAGCACCCCCGUGACGCGGCGGCGGCCUCGCGCAUCCCCCAGCGCCUCCAGGCCGCGGCCGCCACGGUCUCCACCGCCCAGAUCCUCCGCGCCUCCGGCUACUGCGCCGCGGAGGCCGCCGCGCUCCGCGCCCUCUCCGACAUCGCCGGCCGCUACAUCGAGUCCCUGGGCCGCGCCGCCGCGGCCCUCGCCGAGGCCCACGGCCGGACGGAGCCCAACGUCGCCGACGUCGUCCUCGCGCUCGAGGAGCACGCGCUCGGCGGCUUCCCCGGCGCGUCCGACCCCGCGCGGCCCGUGCUCUGCUCCGGCGCGCUCGCCGAGCUCGCCGGGUUCGUCGCCGCGGUGACGGAGGUGCCGUUCGCGAAGCCCCUGCCGAGGAGGGAUCCGGGCUCCGGCUGCGGCAAGGGGUGGGAGAGCUUCGCGGCUGCGGAGCGGGAGCCGCCGCUGAGGCACGUCCCGCACUGGCUGCCCCGCUUCCCCGAGGGGUGGGAGGAGCGGCUGCGCGGCAGCGUCGAGGCGGCGGCGGCGAAGGAUGACGAGGACACCGGGGGAGUGAUAACGGUGAUGCCAAAUGGUAUUGUCGUGGAAAAUGGCAGGAGAGCGGCCGUGCCGGAGAACAGGGAGAAGGUGUCGUUCCGCUUGCGGGAGAAGCGGCGGCGGCGGCGGCUUGCGGUGCCACCGGAGAAGAGCGGUGGUGCUUUGGAACGAUCCGGGAAAAAACAAGAAAAUUUCAUGUAAAAGUUUACUCGAUGUAUGCUGAGUGCGCAUCGAAACCGCGACCGAGAUGGACGCGGCACGCUGCGCUCGACACUGUACACCACCGAAACAGAGCAUGCUCCGGUUGUAAAAUUGCACGGAUUUAGUUAUUUAUCGUUUGCACAAGUUCAGUUCAUUCACCGAAGCAGAGCAUGCUCUGGUUGUAAAAUUGCACGGAUUUAAUUAUUUAUCACGUUUGCACAA